CUCUUUAUAUCUUUGUUUUUCUUUAAAAUAAAAUAAAAACAAAAUUAGAAUUUCCAUCUUUCUUUUAAUCAUUAUUUAUCUUUCCAUAUAUAUACACAAAAAACCCUUAUCCUUUGGAACAAAUUAAACAAAACCCUCAUUUCUCUCAACAAGCUAUUUUCUCUCAAGAAGCUAAUUAACUUUCUCUCUCUUAAAUUCGAUCUUCUAGCAUGACUCAUUUGUUCAAGAAACAAAGUAGUAGUAGCAUGUUAAGCCCAACAACAACCUCAAGCGCCUUAGCCAUGCAUCGUGACUCACGUGUGAUCAGCAAAGUCCAACCUAAAAUCCGAAUCAUCCACAUCUUCGCCCCCGAGAUCAUCAAAACCGAUGUCGCCAAUUUCCGAGAGCUCGUCCAACGACUUACCGGAAAACCCGACGCCGGAAGCAAGAGCAAGGGAAAGGGAAAAGACAAGGGCAAAAAGAUCAAAGUACACGAAGGCGAGGCGACCGCCCCCGGGUGUAACAACAACAACAACGCUAAUAAUAAUAAUAAUAAUAUAAGCACAAAGUUGGACGUAAUGAGGGGGAGUGGAUCAUCCUCAUCACCUUCUUCAUCAUCUGAUCAUCAACCUCACGAUCAACAUCAUGAAGGAUGGCAAUCGACGACAACCACAGCCGGUGAUCAUAUAAGCUCAUCUGGUGGGUAUCUUACAGGAUUUACAGAUUUAGAUUAUAGCUUUGACUUUAAUACAAUGUUCCAUCUGGGGCCAGCUGAUGCUUCUUCUCAUCUCAAUUCUAUUGGAGAAAAUACUCAACUUUCUUAUAGAGGCUAAAUUUGGAAACAUCAAAAUACAACAAGGGUUUUCUAAUGGGAAGGAUGAUUGACUUUUAUUUUUUAUUUUUUAUUUUUAUCAAAUGACUGGUUUGCUUGUUUGAUUAUAUCACUGAUUGGUGGGAAAUUCCUAGAUGGGUUUUUAUUUUUUGGUUAUUUAUUUAAUUAUUGUGGGAUUUAGCGAGUGGUUUGAUUAAGGUUGUUGGGUGAGAAAAUUAGGAGGUUGAUUUUGGAUUAAUUUUCUGAUUAUUCAAGGUUGUUUCAUUUUUUGACAACGGGUGGAUAUAUAUAAUUGUAAUAUGUUAGAGGCCGAGGUUAAUUUCUAAUUAACUAAUUAAUUAAUGCUGAUUAAUUAUUACUCGUAUUUGAUUUUAAUCCCUCGAAUAUUAUCGAGUAUAUUGUAAAUAAGUUGACAUUAUGAUGGAUGAACAUAUAUAUAUAUAUACAUGAGAAACGCAUUCACCCUUUAAUUUCUUUUAAUCUCUCU